AUGGAUUACAUCGUCCCUGGCAAUGUUACCGAUGCUGAGUUUAGGCAGAUGUGGUUCGACUUUGAAUGGGAAAAUAAGGUGACUGUCAAUACACCAAUUACCGAUUUGCGAGAAUUCCUACACUACUUGUCAACUGUCACGAAUAUGAAGGUAUUGACGGGGGAUGCUGCAAUAGAAGGAGAUUGUGGAUUCCUUGCUGCUAACCUCUGUGCUCAUUCCAUCUUUGGCGAAGACGCUUUAGCGAAUGUUUCAAUAGAAAAGGCUUCUCCACUCGAUGAAGGAUCUCCGAUUGUUGGACACAUCCGAAUCCGAGCCAAGAGUCAGGGCAUGGCUCUUACCUUGGGUGAUAAGAUCAACAUUGCGCAACGAGACCGAAGGGCUGUGGCUGUGACGUAA